AUGCUGGAAGCUAGGAAGAUCGGCGACAGGGGCACGACCAAGGCCGACGGCAUCCGCGGGGCUGGGGUCAGCGCGACCAGCCGGAAGUUCCUUGGCUGCAAACGACGACUUGCCCGAUGGGUCGCGGACUCGAUCUUCGCCGUCGCCGGCAAACCGGCCUCCUUCAUCGACGGGUUCUGCGGGACCGGUGCGAUCGGCCUCGAGAUGCUGUCCCGAGGCGUCGGGCACGUCACCUGCGUCGACAACCUCCUCUCCAACACGGUGAUCCUCGACGGGGUGCUCUCCGGUCCCGAUCCCGAGCGUCUGCGCUGUGCGCUGAGUCAUCUCAACGCGGUGCGACCACAGCCGGGCUACGCGACCCGCUGGUACGCGGACACCUAUUUCACGCGUGACAACUGCAUGCGCAUCGACGCGAUCCGCCCGCAGGUGGACCAGCUCCUGGAAGCCGGACGGAUCGGUCCACGGGAGCGUUCGGCACUCCUUGCCAGCCUGUUGCUGGCAUGCGAUCGGGUCGCCAAUACCGUCGGGCAAUACGAUGCGUAUCUGAAACACCUGGGCAGCCGGCCCAUCGAGGGCGGCCGUCAUCUGGUCGACUCGCGAGUCUACGAGCCACUUCGGCUCGCGCCGCUCCGAACGAUCGAAGCGCCGGGGGCGCAGGUCCUUACCGGAGACCUGCUCGACCUUGCCCCGCGCAUCGAUGCCGAGGUCGUCUACCUCGACCCUCCCUAUACCACGCGGCAGUACAUCGACAACUACCACGUUCUGGAGAACAUCGCCCGCUGGCAGCAGCCCGAGCUGUCCGGGAAGACGCGAAAAUUCCCGCGAAGCCACCUGAAGAGCCCGUUCAGCACCCGCCGCGGAGCAGCCCGGGCGAUUGGCGCUCUCCUCGAAGCCCUUCGCGCACGCUGGAUCAUGAUCUCCUACAACUCCGAGGGCAUCGUGCCGAUCGCGGAUCUGGUAGCCUUGGCGCGCUGCCAUGGGCCGGUGCGCAUGCUCUCUCGUCCGUAUCCGGUGUUCGGCGGCGGUGCGGGCGUGGCGCGGCGGAGAUCCGUGACCGAGUGCCUUGUCAUGAUCGGGCCGCGGCGAUGA